ACUUGCAUCGAGCUACAGCAUCGGAGUGUGAAAAUGCUGAACUUGACGAAGAAGAUCUUCAGGACAUCCAGAAAUAAUAGGCCGCGCCGGAGGAAAAGAGCCGUAAAAGACAAAAUGACGUCCCACCUCCCUGCGUCGUUGCUUUUGUCGUGCUUGGUGCUCCUCGGCGGAGACCAUGCCAGCGCCGAGCUUGCAGUGGACAUGUCGCCCCCGCCAACGAAGACUUGCGCCGACGAACCGUGGACCAGUCUUCAGCGUGUUCUGCAGGCCUCUGCCCCCUAUCCGGCGGAAAUGGGUGCGAGUCCCGAUUUUGUCGAGCUCACGAACAAAGUCCUUACAAUCGACGGAGAGAUCAUCGAUCCGCAAGAGCUCCCACCUACUUACGAGGCCGGAGGAAGUCACCCAGAAGAUGAAAAAGCCGAAGCCGGGACGAGAGCUGCCCAAGUAGAAGAUCAAAACAAGCCGCAAAGUCUUUUCGCCUACUUCCGUGAGCAUUUUAAGGAGUGCCGGGAAGGCUUUCUGUCCUUUCUGAUCUAUCUCUCUCUUCACCACCCCCAGCACUCCGCGUCGUUUAAAACCCUAGCGAAGGAUUUCGCGCGGGAGCUGAAUCCGCUCGCGCUCCGGCAGCCGGACCUGCUGUCCUGGCCACUUUUUGGGCAGGUGGAACAAGUGAUAGGGACUUACGAUGUAGAGGACAACGUGAUCUCCGUCGACGCAAAGCCCCGGUUCCCGUACUUCGUGAAAGUGAAGAAAAACCGCUGGAAUCACGGCGGAAGAAGUAGCUCGGUGAAAGUAGAUGCAGCGGCGGAGCUACAUGAGAGUGAGAACACUACUUUUAUCGAACACAUCCCGAACACAAGAAUUUCCCCGAUGCUCGGGAUGGUGCACAGCAACUUCGGAUUGCAGGGCUCGCUGGACUUGCUGCGCAGAAUAUCCGAGCCGGCGUUUGUUGACAGUGAUGCCGCCAAGCCAACCAGGAGAAAAGUCGUCUUUGACGUCGGUGUUUUUGACGGAGGCGACUGGGCCAAGGCCAUCGUCGAACUUGGUUGCAUCGGUGUUGGCUUCGAGAUGGUAAAGCGAAACAGAAAUCUGAUGCGCAAAAACUUUCCGUACUGGAGGAAAGAGAACGUGGAAGGCCCGGUUCCGGUCGUUCCGGGGAAAUUAUUGCCGGAAAAAGAAUUUGUGAACAAAACCGACGCAGCGUCGAGUAGCGGAGUAGUGACAACCACCGCUCAACUCGCGGCUCACUUGCAAGGCCGGCCUGUGCUCACACUUGAUGAGAUUGCACACGUCAAAGCCAUGAAUGAACAGCAUAUUCUCGAGGAGCGGGAGCGACUGGAGGGGAAAGACAAUGACAAUGACAAAGGAGACACGAAAGCGGAUCAUGCAGCUGAAAAAAAUGCAACCCCGCAACCGGGCUUCUUCCAUCUCAUCGGGGCAGCGCUUGGUGCCGCGGCAAGGGCACAGAAGGUACUGUCCCGCUACGACUACACGAGUCUAGCCUUGAUGGGGUACCUCGAUGGGCCGCCAGAUAUGGAAGAGGAGGAGGUUGCCGUGGUCACGCUGGACGAUCUUUUCGGACUUUCAGACGCAACGGCAGCUACCAACGCGAGGCACUUUCCCGCAGAGUUGAAGAAAAUUGAUUUGCUGAAAAUCGACACGGAAGGCGCGGAGCUCUACGUGCUCAAAGGGGCGGAGAGAUUGUUGCAGCACACGAUGGUCCACUACCUGGUUUUCGAGUACCAGCCGUACCAAAUGUAAAAAUGUCUGGGUCUGGAAACUUGUGAUGCUGGGUGGCGUCUCAUGAUGAGGCCACAAAUGCUGGCUCAGCAUGACAAGUUUCUGAGCUUCUAGGUGUUGCCUAUUCUGCAUGACAAACUGCGUUUCUGCAUCACAGAAAAAUGGAGCUCUUGGGUAACGUGCAUGACAGAUUGGAGAGUCAUGCCAGACAAGCAUGACAAACAUGCACUCUUCCAGACCCAGACAUUUUUGCACUUGAUAAGCCGGCGAUGCUCGCAAAUACCGGGACGGACCACGUCGAUUUACUCCAUUUCGUGGCGCACUACGGGUUCGAGUGCUUUUCGUUAAAGCUUCCCACGUGGGAGAGCAUGAGCUUCGAAGCCUUCGCGGCUCAGUAUGUGAGAAAGGACAGGCUGCGGCUGAAAGGAAUGGGCUUCAUCGAAGACAUAAUAUGCGAAAAUCGCUAUUGGGUUAGCGCGGAAACAGAGGAAGAGGAGAAGCUAGGGAAGAACGAACUCUAGCCUACGCUUAGCAUGCUGCCAUUCGCAUCGUGUCACAACUUCUAUGACAUAAUUUGAAAAGAGACCGCCCCGAUCUGUUCUGAUUUAGUUCCAGAGCCGCGUCUCGCUUCAGAUCUUCGCAGAUGUUGACUCGUAUUUUUUUACAGAUCCAGCACGAGAUCGACUUUGUUUUACUUUUACUUCUAGAAAGAACUUCACUAGCCGUUCGCAAGUGACGCGAUCUGCAUUGCGACCGAUAGAUAUGAAAACCAGCAGUUUUAGUUUCGAAAGAAGGAUCGUAGGUUCCAGGUUUCUUUGCAAGCCAGCUGGGCAAGAUCUCGAUCCUCGAAGUGCAGAUCCAUGAGCUAUUUCCUUGCUUGGAUCUCAUCUGCCGCCGAC